CUUAUAUUGGUAAUACUUAUUCAAUGGUACCUACGAGUCUAUAUUCGUAUGGUCGUGACAGUGAAAGUGAAGGUUGGUUGAUGCAGUUUACAGUGGACGGAGAACAGCUGUUGGUUAAGAAGGACACAAUGGAAUCGAGCGAUUUUCGUGAGUUUGGAAAGGCGAUGGUGGAUUAUAUCGCGGAUUACAUGGAAACUAUUCGCAAUAGAGACGUGCUUCCAUCAGUGACACCGGGUUAUUUAGAGAAACAUAUUCCCAAAGAGACCCCGGUGGACGGUGAAAACUGGAAGGAUGUUCUUCACGAUGUCGAAAAACUGAUAAUGCCUGGUGUAACCCAUUGGCAUUCACCUCAUUUUCACGCCUAUUAUCCCACGGCUCAGUCGUACCCGGCAAUUGUCGGCGAAAUGCUGAGUGCCGGUAUCGGCUGUAUCGGCUUCAGUUGGAUGGCAAGCCCCGCUUGCACUGAGCUGGAAGUGAUCACAAUGAAUUGGUUAGGGAAACUGUUGGGACUCCCUGAGGAAUUUCUGAACUGUUCCGAAGGUCCCGGUGGUGGUGUGAUACAGGGAUCCGCGAGUGAAUCUACGCUAGUAGGUUUAUUGGCCGCCAAAGAAAAGAUGGUUAGGUCAACACAAAAAAAUAAUCCAUCUCUCUCAGAGGGUGACAUCAAAGGAAAGCUAGUGGCGUACACAUCCGAUCAAGCUAACUCCUCAGUGGAGAAAUCUGGAAUAUUAGCUUCGGUACCCAUGAUCCAUUUGCCAAGCGACACCAAAGGUAGGCUUAGCGGCGAUGUUCUACGAGAAGCUAUCAGAAGAGAUAAAGCGGCCGGGUUAAUUCCGUGCUACGUCGUGGCAACGCUAGGCACGACAGGUACUUGUGCAUUUGAUAAUUUGGAAGAACUGGGAGCCGUGUGCAAUGAAGAAGGGGUUUGGCUACACGUAGACGCAGCUUAUGCCGGUGCCGCAUUCGUUUGUCCAGAGUACCGAUACCUAAUGAAAGGCGUCGAGUUAUGCGAUUCAUUUACUUUUAACGCACACAAAUGGAUGCUCGUUAAUUUCGAUUGCUCCGCACUGUGGGUUAAGGACGCUAGGUACUUAGUGGAAGCUUUUAACGUGGAUAGGAUAUACUUGCAACACCAACACGAAGGAAAGGCGCCGGAUUACCGUCACUGGCAAAUUCCGCUAGGGCGUAGAUUUCGAGCUUUGAAACUGUGGUUCGUUUUACGUAUUUACGGAACGGAAGGUAUUCGUCGACACAUCAGAAACCACAUCAGUCUCGCUAAACAUUUUCAAGAAUUAGUGCUUAAUGAUUCACGAUUUGAAGUAGUAACCAGCAAUUUAGGUUUAGUGUGCUUUAGACUUCAAGGAGACGAUUCCUUGACAAAAGAACUGCUAGAAAAGGUUACUGCCAACAAGAAACUUUACUUGAUCCCCUGUUAUACUCAACAAAAGUUUGUGAUUCGUUUCGUUGUGUGCAGCAGAAUAACGACAAUUGAGGAUAUCAAUUGUUCAUGGGCAGAGAUUAUUUCCCAUGCAAAUACAAUAGUACCUUACACAACAGACAAUUCAAUUAUGCACGAACCCAGAAAGAACGAUUAUAUCAAUUUAACAACGUAUCAAGAACCUGAUGAUAGUAUGAACGAGAAAUCUAAGUAAAAUUUGGCUAAUGUGCAAUUUCGGAAAAAAACUUUUUAAUAAAAUGUGAUAUUUGUUCAAUU